GUGUGUGUGGCUGUGUAUUUUUCAGCUUGCAUUCUACACUAUUUCAACAUGCGUCAGGCGAUUACAUUUGUCCUCCCCUUUAUUCUGAUGUCUACGUUUUGUUCAGAGGAGGGGCGAGGAGGAGAAAAAGUUGCAUUUAUUGGCGAGUCGAGAUUCGAGUAUGAAUACAAAGUUUUACAGAAAUUAGUGCAGCUCGAGGAAGGACAAUCAAAACUUGAACUGAAACUGAAGGAAAAAUCAAAUAUUGUUGAACAUUUAACCGAAGAGCUAAAAGAGGCACAUGCAUCGAUUGAAGCGUUAAAUGAUGUUAUUGAUAAGAUGGAAGCGGAAGGGCCUGGUCAAGGCGAAACUUACGUAAGAUGGGGACGAACAACAUGCCCAGACAAUGGAGCAGAGCUCGUGUAUGAUGGCUAUACAGCGGGUUCUCACUUCACCAAUAGUGGAGCAGCGGUAAAUUACCUCUGUUUGCCAAAAAAGCCAUUGUGGGCAAAGUACAAUGACGGUUUAAAUGAAGAGCGGGCGUACGUUUAUGGCGCUGAAUAUCAGCGUAAUGACGAAUCCCCACAUACCUAUCAACAUGAUGUCCCAUGUGCGGUUUGUAAAACCCCAAGAGCACCUGUUAGAAUGAUUCCUGCCAGAAACGAAUGUUACAACGGUUGGACUUUGGAAUACAGAGGCGUUUUAGUUGCUGGUAAAUAUAAGCAUGCCGCUGCAUCUGAAUACGUGUGUUUGGACGAAUCUCCGGAGAGCAUAGAAGGUGGCAAUGAAGAUCUAAAUGGAAUUUUAAUGUAUUCUGUUGAAGGAAGAUGUGGUUCACUAAAAUGCCCACCAUACAUAAACGGUCGAGAACUUACUUGCGCUGUUUGUUCCUAUGUUUCAUAUCAAAAUACGAGAGGUAACCAAAACAGGCAUUGGACGAGUGGGAAAUAAAUAUGUUUUAGGUUUUCCAUUUUGCUAAACAAAAAUUAAGAUUUCCGACAUUUUAUCCAGUUUGUUUAAAUAUUUAGGACUACCCUGUUUGCUCAACUUUGCUAUAAAACCAAAGUAUCGGCAGUUAAAAUUAUAACUAGCUGUCAAAGGGAAAUAAGCAGUGGUUGGAUUUUAGCAAACGUUUUUCACGGUUGUUUCCCCCCGGUUUAACUUCUACAAAGUACAAUUGAUGGAAACGAGUCAUUGGUGCAAAUUACAGUUUCAGGAAAGAUAUUUAUACAUAUCAGUCUUCUGAUUUGUUAAACAAAUUAAUACAUUUCAAUAUUAAUAUAUAUUUAACCGUUACAAAAGUACGCUGGGAACAAAACGCUUAAUUCCACAGACAGUAAUAUUAAUACCCUUGCUCAAAAAGGGACGACAACACUUUGUUAAUAAUCUAUUCAAUAAAAUGCUCAUUAUCUCCCUUUUAUUGAAGAUAUAACCUAUCUGUCAUUGUUUUCUUUUAUGAAAUGUCGAGUGUUUAGCAAGUUAGUAAAUGUACUUAUCUGUAUCAUCAGCAAUAAAAAAUCAAACUGAUUGCUGCUCCAUUAUUUAUUACUUCGCAAAAUACCCCAUUGUGAUUUAGGGGUUGCCUCUAACUGCAUCAGAACUGCAGCCACCGUUUUAUCCCAAAGUUAAGAGGCGACUAUAUGGGUUCGAAAAACUUG